UUAGCUUGUUAAGCUGAAGGGAAGCUAUUUUAAACUUAUUCUAAAAAGAAUAAAUUGUUCAAUAAGUUGUUAACUGUACACAGUUAUUCAUUUCAAUUUAAUUUGUUUUUGAUUUUAAAUCUGUGCCACAACUAUGGAUUCAACAGAAACUGAUAAUCAACUAUUAAUAGUUAAUCGCUCAAAAGAAUACCGUAUCAGUAAAGAACUGAUUCGUAAAAUUCCCUAUUUUGAAAAGAUGUUGCGCCAUGAUGUGUUGGAAUCACAGGAAAACAAAGUUGUAUUGAAUUUUGAUGAAAAGACUUUCAAAAUAAUUCUCGAUUGGAUUGAACUGGAUUUUAUGUGUAUCAAGAUGGACCACGUAAUAAAUCUGUGUACCAUGGCUGACUAUUUUGGGAUGAACGAUGAUUUGAUAAAGGAUUCUUUCACCUAUUUCCAUAAAAAUUUUACAUCUGAACAUAUUGGCACUGUUUUAAGUCAAGUCACUUCAACAUCCAAAUUAAUCAAUUCGUGCGCUCUGGAUGCUUUCAUUUGUCGUCAUUUCCUGAAGAUCGUCAACACGUCUUUUUGGUUGAAAUGUCACAGUGCAACAGUGUUGUACAUUUGUCAGCUCAACCUGAUGAUUUCUUCAGAGUACCAAGUUUUCGAAGCAAUCAUAAAAUGGAUCCGUUGCAGGUUUGAGUUUAGAAAGCGUUAUUUUAAACAAUUGUUAGAAAAUAUCCGAUGGUGUAAUAUGGACCCUGAUCAUUUUGUUGUCUUUAAAAAUGAUCUCGUCCAGUCUGAAGAUUUGGUAAAAUUUGUGGGGGAAAUUUGCGAUUAUGAAGAAAAUUGUGAUUGCAACUGCGACCGAACUAAGCAAAAUUAUUUUAUUACAAUUGAAGAGUUGAACACUGCGGAUUUACGAAUCAAAGUCCUUGACAGUAAUUUUAUCCCGUUGGUUAAUCAAGUCUUCAAAUUAGAUGAUUCACUGUCUCUAGGUGUCCUUCCUGAUGAACAUGUAUCUGAUGUUGUAUUUGAUUCUGGAAGGAAAAUGAUUCGAAUUGAUUGGAAGCAAAAGAAAUGUCGUUUGCUUGGUUAUGCAAAAUAUGUAUCUUAUUGUAGAAAAAUUGAUAGGCGCAUAAAAAAGAGGAAAAUGACUCAAUAUCAGGCAACUGUAUCUGACGAUUUCGCGUAUACUACAGGCAAUUCAGUCUUUGAAGUUAAUGGCAAGUUAAUACAUCUUUGCAUAGAUGAGGGAUUGGUUGAUUGUUGGGCUGAUGAAGCAGCUGAAGAUAUCGACUCUGCCUCCGAUCACUAUGAAGAUGAUUUUAUUGCUACUAUUUUGGACAAAAAUAUUUACAUAAUGACUGACAAUUUGGAGUUCAGAACAUUCGAAAUCGACCAAGAGGAAGAGUUUGAAAUUAUUGAACUUAACAAAUUAAAAAAACCAAUGAACUUCCAGGAUUUAUUUCUAACUUCAGGCCAAGCCGAUGAUAAAGUAUUUUUGGUUGAUAAUUCCACAAGAAAUGUCUUUUGUUUCAAUAUCACAACUCAACGAUGGAGCCAAAUUGGUCUACUGAUUAAUUAUAACUGCUGUAAAACUGAUGGCAAAAAGAAGUCUAGUAAGCUGUUAACAUUUACCUCAGCUUUUUUAUCAAUAGACGCUAUCAGACCUUGUUUAAAACGAAAACUUAAUUAAUCGAAUCAACUAUUAAGUAAUUCAUUAUAUAUUCAUUAAACCGACCAAAUUGUAUUUACGAUUCUAUUUAGCAGAUAAAAGACAAUAAAAUCAUAGUCUAUUUUUUAUUCAA